AAACCCUACAAAACCCACAAUCUUCAUCCUCAUCCACUUCUGUUCACAAAUACUCACUAGAGAGAGAAGUGAAAUCAAUCGGACCGUACUGAAACCCUAACAAUUGCCGAUCAACGCAACAAAUGCUGAGGCUCGCUUCGAAGAAACUGCUUGGGCAGGUGCCUCCACGGCUCUCCCCGAUAUUACCGCGUUUCUACCACGAGAACGUGAUAGAUCACUUUAAUAACCCCCGGAACGUUGGUUCCUUCGAUAAGAACGAUCCUACAGUGGGAACGGGGCUCGUAGGUGCACCAGCCUGUGGGGAUGUCAUGAAGCUGCAGAUUAAGGUCGACGAGAAGACUGGAGAGAUCGUUGAUGCUCGCUUCAAAACCUUCGGCUGUGGCUCCGCUAUUGCCUCCUCUUCUGUAGCUACUGAAUGGGUGAAAGGGAAACAGAUGGAGGAAGUUUUAACCAUAAAAAACACGGAGAUUGCAAAGCAUCUGUCUCUUCCACCGGUGAAGCUUCACUGCAGCAUGCUUGCUGAGGAUGCUAUCAAGGCAGCUGUAAAGGAUUACCAAACAAAACGUGCAAAAGCUGAUGGCACUCCUAAUGCUGCGCCUGUUGAGCAAGCUGCUCAAGCUUGAAUGUAUUCAAGUGUAUAUGCUGAUGAUGAAAAUGUAACGUUCAACCGAAUGGCUAUUAUGUAGCUAUAAUAAUGGAUCACACCUUAUUUUAACUGUGCCUGAGGCUGGAGUUCAGGUCCUGCCAUGUAAGGGUUUCAUUUUAGUUUUAUAAAGUUUAUAUGAAUGGAUGUUACGUAUGUAAA